AUGAAGAAAUAUGACGAAAGAAAUGAUAUAGUGGAGUAUGAUGCCUUGGAAGGAAUGAUGUUGCUUAAGACCUACAGAAAAGCGAAGAAACCCUGUCUUGCAAUAUUGAAAGGAGGUGACAGAAGCCUGUGGGAAUUUGAGAUAUAUCACCAUAAAUUCCAGGUGAAGGACGGCAGUCAUGCGGCUACUUUUUAUUACUGUGUUCUUGAGAAAUCCUGGUUUAUAUUUCUUGCAACAGGGCAAUUACGAGUUGAUAAGAAACCUGUGCGGACUGCCAUCGUGCUUAGAAGCGGUUCAAUGAUAGAAAUAGGCAAAAUUGUGUGCUGUUUUGAUAUAAAGUUUAUCGUACGCAAGGAAUAUAAGAAGUUACUCGUGGAAAUUAUACUAUCCAGCUCCGAGAAGCGACUCAGCUUAUCGGAAAUCUACCAGAAAUUGCUGUCUGAUUAUAGCUUUUCCACGGAGAAAAAUGCAUCAUGGAAGAAUAGCAUUCGCUGUGUUCUGUCUGAGUCAAAAAUUUUUUACAAAAUUCCAAAGAAGAUCAAACGCGGUCGUGGCGGUUAUUGGUGUAUAAACGAAAAGGAACUAGCAAAGAUGGAUGAUGAAAGCAUCAAAAAAUGUGAAAAGAGAUUCGUUGAUUCAUUUAUCUAUGACCGCAGAAGUGUGAUCUAUACGGCAGUAGAUCUAAUGCACAGCCUGCAAGAUGAAUGCAAAGAAAACCAGAACAACUACAGAGAACCACAAUUUAAAGAACCUACAGGCAGCUACGACAAGUUUGACGAGUGUAGAGCUUUUGUCCCUAAUUCGCAUCAUGAGAAGGUCGCACGAAUUUCAUAUCAUCAGAAAUACAAAACUGAAUAUGAUACAGAAGCAAAGAGACCAAGAAGGAGUCCUUGGUUUACUCAAAUGUACAAUACAUCGGCAAUGAAUCCCCCGUACCCCAACGCGGUGUUUGAUCCGUUUGAGUACAAUGAUGAUGAUGAGUUUGAUGAUUUGGACAGAGAUGGAAGACGUUCUGCGUGUAUUGCUGAUGAGUUAAGCUCUGAUUUUUCCUGUUUGUCGGUGAAAGAAAAGCGAAAAAAAAAAGAGUAG